AUGGAUAGUUACUUAACUGGCAUCAAUAGUUUAAGUCUCGGGAUCGAUCCCCUGCAAAGACAAAUCGAUCAGCAAGCUGCGGAAUCGCUUAAGAAAAACGAAAAGCGGCGAUCUGAUGAAGAAUUAGGGCUGGAUACCUCGAAAAAACCUAGCGAAAUAAAGCCAUUGCUAAAAGACCAGCUAAAGAAGAAAUCAGUGGAAAAUAUUGAUAAUUUAAAUGUAAUUAGUAGCAGUAGUAGUAAUUAUGGUGUUAGUAAUAGUAGUGGAAGUUACAGUAGGGAGAAGGAGGGUGUGGUAUUGGGGAAUAAGAAGAUUUCGAGCAGUAAGGCCAAUCAAACUAAUUUGACAGAUAGCGAUUGGACUGAAUUGUUGAGUGUGCCGAGUAAAAAGGAGGUUUUGGGUGGCAGUAGGAGUAGUAAUGGAGUGUCGGGGUUAAGACGAGAGAGGAGGGAUGGCAGGAAGCAGGGGAGUUUGUUGGGGGCUGGAAAGAAUGCGGUGGCAUUCGGUGGGAAUAGGAGUCAGAAGGGUCAAACAAAGGUUUUGAAGAGUGAGAGGAAGUCGGAUGCUGAGUUGGGGAAUAAGGUCAAUGGUGAUGGUUUGGAGAGUUUGGAGGGUAGAAUUAGUGCUAGUGAUUGUAAAGAUGCAUCUAGAAGUUCAAGUUCAAGCUGUGAGCCAAGGAAUGGUGAGGGAACUGUGGAAACAAGGGAUUUAGAUCAGAAGGACUUGCAUGAUCUGAAGACUGGAGUUCGUGACCGUGAAAGGCUUACAAAUUCAACAAUAGCUGUUGAUGGAUCUACAUUCAGUUCCAGAGUGUCUGCUUCUGUGGAGAGGAGUUCUUUGUCACCCAGUAAUGCAGAUUCAGAUUCAGAGACGGAUUCAGGUUCCUCGUCUGACUCCGACAGUGAACGUGAGAGGGAAGAAAGGAGAAAGAGAAGGCAGCAGAUUUUGGCAGAGAAAGCAGCAGCAAAAGCCAUUGAGGCUAUCAAACAGCAUGAGAAUAAUGUUGCCAAACUGGAGGGUGAGAAACAGAGUUUGGAGAAAAUACUUGAAGAACGGGCAAAACAACAAGUGCUUGAGGCAUCAGAAUUGCAGACAACAACGAUGGAAACUAUGGAAGCUGUUGAACUAGAAAAGCAAAAGCAUAAUAACACUAGAAUGGAAGCCUUAGCUCGUUUGGCUAAACUUGAGACUACAAAUGCUGAUCUUGCAAGGUCCCUUGCAUCUGUUCAGAAAGAUCUGAAGUGGAGGAGAGAUUCAUGGCUUGCUUACUGGGAUUUGUUCGUCUCUGUAGAACUGAGAAGGAAAAUUUCAAAUACUCAUCAGAGCAGCAAAAAUGUGGCAGCUUCAAAAGGAGUUGAACUUGAAAGGGAAAUACUUGAGGCUGAGAAUUCAUUUUUAACAGAUAAAGUUGGGAGGUUGCAGGAGAAGGUGAACAUUAUCCUUGCCUUUUCAUAA